GUUUCUCAAUACGUGGAGGCAUUGGUAUCUGUACAUUCGUAGAAUAGUGACAACGUACUUCAUACCACUACAGCUCGGAGUUGUGGCUGGCCUCCUUUGGGCGAACAUUGACGAGGACAGUUAUGUCUACCUGUGGGGAAAUGAUGAGGAGAGGACGCUCGAUCUCGGUGGUGCCCAUAUAGCUGGCGAACCGGUUACUCUCAACUUCCUCCUCAACGACGUGUUUAUGUGUUUUUUCUUCGGUAUCGCUAUGGUUGAAGUAGUCGUAGCAGUGUUACCAGGCGGCUCGCUGUCCCCUAUGAGCAAGGCCGUUGUUCCUCUCAUGAGUACCCUUGGUGGAAUGCUCGGUCCUAUCGUAGUCUUUUUCGCUUUGGUUUAUAUCAUAAGUAACUGUGGUGGAUUUGAUAACUAUGAUGAGGACCUCA